GAGAGAGAGAAAGAGAGAGAGGAAAAAGAGGGAGGACAGGCAGUGGCGAGGACGUCGGGAGAGGGACCGAGUCACUCAGAGAGAGAGAAAGAAAAAAGGAGGCAGGGAGAGAAGCGGGAGGCAGGGAGAGCCGGAGAGCUGGUGGCUCACUCUCACACUUCAUCUCCACUUUCCUGGGACAGGCACAGAUUUGAUGUCCAAGGAGGCAGAGUUGGAUGUGAGAGACAACGAGUGCGACACAGUCCCACCAGAGCCCAGCGAAGACCACCCGGAGUCGCCCAGGUCUCCUGCAGCCCAGGGUAACGGACCCACCGGUGCAGCUGGCGUUUGCAUCCCUUCCUGUAGUCACAGCAGAGGCGGCAGCGGCAGCAGCAGUAGCAGAAGUGUUCUGGGUGGCAUUAGCAUUGUCAGCGGCGGCGGCAGCGCUGAGGGAGCAGGUGAAAGCUCCAUGCAGUUCAGCACCAGACCGCCUAGUGCUGAGCAGCCGGGCUUCAUGGGGACAUGGCAGCAGCAGAGCACUGACAGCAACCUCCUCUACAGAAUGUCCCAGCAGGGUGCUGUAACGCGGCUUCCUUUGAAGUGUGACAGGUCGACUAUGGGCCGAGACCUGGAGGAGGCCAUUCGCUGCACACUGGUAAACUGCACAUGCGAGUGUUUCCAGCCUGGAAAGAUUCACCUCCGAACAUGUGACCAGUGCAAGCAUGGCUGGGUAGCUCACGCUCUGGACAAGCUCAGCACCCAGCACCUCUACCACCCGACCCAGGUGGAAAUCGUUCAGUCCAAUGUCGUGUUCGACAUCAGCAGCCUGAUGCUGUACGGCACCCAGGCGGUUCCCGUCAGACUCAAGAUCCUCCUCGAUCGACUCUUCUCCGUGCUUAAGCAGGAGGAAGUGCUGCACAUCCUACACGGCCUGGGCUGGACCCUCCGAGACUACGUCAGGGGCUACAUACUGCAGGAUGCUGCAGGCAAGGUGUUGGACCGAUGGACCAUCAUGUCCCGCGAAGAAGAGAUCAUCACCCUGCAGCAGUUCUUGCGCUUUGGUGAGACCAAGUCCAUUGUGGAGCUUAUGGCUAUUCAGGAGAAAGAAGGUCAGGCAGUUACAGUUCCCUCGUCAAAGACAGACUCUGGGAUUAGAACAUUCAUCGAAAGUAAUAACAGGACCCGCAGCCCAGGGCUGUUGACACAUCUGGAAAACAGUAGCCCAUCCAGCAUUCACCAUUUUGAAAACAUCCCCAACAGCUUAGCCUUCCUCCUACCAUUUCAGUACAUCAACCCAGUCUCUGCUCCCAUGCUUGGCUUGCCCCCCAAUGGCCUCCCAUUGGAGCAGUCUGCCCUACGGCUUCGGGAGCCCAGCCUGCCAAACCAAGGAGAACAUGUGGAGACCAGUGAAUCAGAAGUGUCUCUAUCACCUUUCCGCACAGGUCAAAGUCCAAGUCGUGGAGUAAUAGGAGGCAUUAGCAACAACACUGAACCUAAGACAGAACCCAACAGCUGUGCAUCACCCAUAUCACCUACCCCAUCCCUCCAGCAAGCUCAACAGCAGCAACAACAGACACAACUUCAGCAGCAACAGCCGCAGGGCCAACAGCAGUCCCAAAUUCAAUCUCAGCAGCCCAACAGCUUGAGUGAACACCAGGUCCACCACCACUUUGUAAAAGAUGAGCCAUCUAAAACAAUCUCCCAUCCAUCAUUCUCUUCCAAAAUGCAUCGAAUGCGCCGCAUGGGAGCCACUUCACGUAAGGGCCGCGUGUGCUGCAAUGCUUGUGGGAAAACCUUUUACGAUAAAGGCACACUUAAGAUACACUACAACGCUGUCCACUUGAAGAUCAAACAUCGCUGUACCAUUGAGGGAUGCAACAUGGUCUUCAGCUCACUGCGCAGCCGUAACCGCCACAGUGCCAAUCCCAAUCCGCGGUUGCACAUGCCCAUGCUGCGCAACAACCGUGACAAGGACCUCAUCCGUGCCAAUUCCACCAGUGGCACAUCAGUCAUCUCAAACAGCAAGAGCAGUGGUUUCACGCUCACUAGCCCUGGAAGACCACCGCUUGGCUUCACAACUCCUCCGGUGGACCCUUUACUUCAGUCACCUCUGCAAAGUCCAUUAGUGUUCCCCACACUGAAGUCAGUGCAGCCUGUGCAGCCAGUGCCUCCAUUCUACAGAACUCUAGUGUCCCCAGCAGACCUUGUCAGUCCUCCAGUGUCACUGCCAACCAGUCCCAUCAUGCCCUCCACUACCAAUAGUACCACACUGAUGGACCAGCAACAGCAGAUCCUGGCUGCUGUUGCUUCACAUAACAAUGUCCAUGUGUCAGAAGCCCACCGCUUAUCCUCUGCUAGUGCCAAUCAGGACCUUACUACAAGCAGCUGUGACCCAACACCUAAAAAGAAACCCAGAAAAUCUAGCAUGCCUGUUAAGAUUGAGAAGGAAGUGAUCGAUGUGGCAGAUGAAUAUGAGGACAAAGAUGAUGACAAUGACGAUAACAUCCACCAUAAUCAUCGUCAUCACCAGUCAACUCUUCUGCAUAACAACAUCAAAAUUAAUGGUAACUGUAACAGCAACAACAGUGGAAAUGGCACAGGACAUCAUAGUGGUGGAAGUGGGCAACAGUCCCCCUCGCAAGAUGAGAUGAGCCCUGGUUUGGCUCUGAGGGGAAUGAUCAGACAAAGUGAAGAUGAAUGUAGGGAAGGGACUGGUAGUGAGAGCCGCGGUGGAGUGUCCGAGUUACGGUGUAUGGGCAGCUUUACCUCUGAGGAUCAGGACCACGAAAGAGACUUUGAAAAUGAGUCUGAAACAUCUGAUUCUAAGAUGUUCUACCGGGAUGAGCUGAUGGACGGAGAGGAACAACAUAAACACAGCAGGGGUGGAAGAGGUCUGGACAAGGAGCAAGAAAGCGAGGCUAAUGAAGAAGCACAUUUGAGAAAGGAAAUAGAAGGAAACGGUCAUUCCUCCCCCUCCCCUCACCAUCCUCCUAUCAAGAUUAAGGAGGAACUAAAUGACCCAACGUAUGACAUGUUUUGUAUGAGCCAGUAUGGUCUCUAUAAUGGAGGCAUGGCGGCGGCCGCUGCGGCUGCCGCAAGCAUGGCUGCUCUCCACGAGAGCUUCAUCUCUUCAAUCGGGUACGGUGCCAGCCCACCCAAAUUCCCAUUGUCUCAUUCGCCGGAAGGAGAUCCAUGUUCCAGUCCUGAUCCCAAGAUCUGCUACGUUUGUAAGAAAAGCUUCAAGAGUUCCUAUAGCAUGAAACUGCACUACAAGAACGUGCACCUCAAAGAAAUGCAUGUGUGCACGGUGGCUGGUUGUAACGCUGCUUUCCCCUCCCGGCGCAGCCGAGAUAGGCACAGCUCCAACAUCAACUUGCACCGUAAACUGCUGACCAAAGAGCUGGACGAUAUUGUCCUUGACCCUCAACUCACGCCACUGCCCAAGGACCUGCGAGCUGAGCUACUGGCCAAGAUCUACGCAGGGCACCACAGGGGUUUGGACCCUAUGGCUAGGAUGGGCAUUGGAGGCGCUGGCCUCAGGCCUCCUGGUCUGAACUUCAAUGCCCAUUUCCCUAUGAGCAACGACUACCCCAAUCAUCCUUUAAACCAGGACUUUAGGAACCAUCACACCAACGGCCUCUUUCGGGGCCAGCCAGAUGACUAUGUGGUGUUGGACCUGAGCACCACAUCCAGUGUUCAGUCCAGCAGCAGCGUCCACUCCUCACAUGAGUCAGAAGAAGGCAGCGAUGAAGGCAUCUUAUUGGAUGACCUUGAAGAGGAGGGAGAAGAGGAUGAGGAGGGCCACAGUGAGGGAGAGGACUUCUCCCAGUGUGCCAAGAGGCAGGCCGAAGGGGAACAUCAGGACGAAACCGGAGACCUGAAAGAAGGAGAAGACGAGGGACUGGGCUCGUCCUCGUCGCCUUUCCUUCUUUCCUCCACUGGGAGCAGCAAUGGCAGCAGCAGUGGGAUCCUCUGUAACAUCUGCCACAAAGUGUACAGCAACAAAGGAACACUGCGGGUGCACUACAAGACUGUGCACCUGCGCGAGAUGCACAAGUGCAAAAUUCCCGGUUGCAACAUGGUGUUCAGCUCUGUGCGCAGCCGCAACCGACACUCUCAGAACCCAAACCUUCAUAAAAACACGCCCUUCUCUACAAUAUUAGACUGAAGAAUGACUCGUCACUCGACCCUCCUGUUGGUCUGCCUGCUCCUUUGUUCAUUUCUCGUCACUGUUCCUCCUUAAAAAGCUUUUAACCCCCGUACCAGGACCAUCAGCUACAAGCUACAUGCCUGUAGGCUUCUUGCCCAUCCUUUAAAAGUCAUCACAAAACAUUAUUAUUUCCAUGUAUGAAAAUAAUUGACUCUAAAUACAGUUUAUCAUUGUGUCUUUUGACUUAUCCAUCUUUGGAAGAACAGGACGAUGCUUGUAGGUAUGGAGUUUGCUUUAUAACAAAGCUCCAGGUAAAUUGUUCUCAUAGGCCUCCCCCAUCUUUUCAUUUUCUGCCUUCUUCCCACUUUGUGUUUCCAAAGAAUCCAUCCAAACUCUUAUUUGUGACUUUGCCUGCAGAAAACGUUAGUACUGAAAAAAAGUGAAACAAAAAAAAACUUUCUUCUUGUUGUAAUUGUGUAAUGAUAACUUUUAAAUGGACCCCUAACAAAAGCAUGACAGCUCCAUUUGUAAAUAAUGUCCCAAGAGGCUUUUGGUGUAAGAGUUGUGUUGAUGGUUGUUUGCUUCCUUUUUCUCUCUUUAUGGGUUUUAUGUUACAGGACAGUACAGUACUUCCACUUUCAGGCAAGAAAGAGGUAGCAUCCUAAUACCUUGACUCAUUAUUUUAGCUUCAAAGAUGAGUUUGAAACUGAGUCCUAAGGAUUGAAAAAAAUCCCUUGAAUUGCUUUAAAUGCUUGUUAGAUGUUUAGAGGUUGCCGGCAUGCUUUUUUUGGGCUUUUACACUGAUAUCAUUUUCUGUAUUUCUACAGAUUUUUUUUCUUGGCUGUUAUGUUUAUGAUUUUAGUACACCAGAUUAGUUUUUGCACUUUGCAUCUAUACAGGGGAUGUGUAAUAUUUUUAAAGUUUUUUUAUUAUUAUUAUUAUUUUUACUAUGGCAAAUUUGGGCAAGUGAGAUCCAGUAGAUUGAACAUACUGGUGCCAGUUUUUUUUUUUUUUUUUUUUUUUUUUUUUUUUGCACAUGUUCAAUUUCAAAAAGCAGUUUCCCCAACUGAAAGCUCUUAACACAACCUGAAAAUUUUCCCCAGUACUCUUCAGCAUAGUCAGAAAAUGAGUGAAAAAAAACACUUUCAAAACUAAACCAAGUCAGACUAAAUAUGAUGUCCUGUUCCCUAAACACAAACAAUUUGAAAGGAAAAGAAGUGAAUAUCUCCUUCUCUUUUUUAGGUUGUGUCUUUGUCAUAAUGAUAGUAAUUACUUUGUAUGUUUAGAGGGUAAAUCCCUCUAUAGCAUGCAUUUACUUUGUCAUUGUCGCAAAUUGUUAGUCUUAAUGAAACGUGACAAAAAAGAGAGAAAAAUGUGUUCAACUCUGACCAAAAUGUGUAGCUCUUCCAGGGGUGACUUGGUUUUUGAACUAUAACCCAUUUGAUCAAUACAAGGCACUUGAGUCUUAAAACAUUUGCUGUGAAAGUCUGCUGCAGGUUUCCAUUGUUGAGUUCAUCUGUUAUCUUUAAAACAUGUUUUUCUUUUUUCUUCUUCUUUUUUUGAGUGAAACACUCCUUUUCACUCAUCCAUGACUGUCUCACGGUACAAAAUUUUAGAAUAAUUGGGAAAAGUAGCCAAGGGAAAGGGUUAUUUAUUAGUGAGUUAUGCAUCUUUGUUUAAAUAUUUUUUUGUCCGGUGUUUUUUUUAUAUACAUAUAUAAAAACGAGCAAGACAGUGUUCAGGAGUUUGACUUGUAUUAUCAAUGUAUUCCAAAUGCCAUGUGUUACUACAAGAGACCUUCUUUUACUCGACUGGUGCUAAACACGGUGGGAAAAUAUGCAGUGUUAUACGGUGUGCUGUACAGUGUUUCUUACAUCCGUAACAGUGUUGAGUUCUUCUUCCUUUACACUUAAGCCAUUUCGCUGUACCGACAUGACCUAGUCUGUUGAAAUAUUUCAUACCUUUCUUUAAGACUCCACAUAUAAGACACAUGCCACUUCUCCACCUCUUUUCUCCAUGAUAAAGAGGGCGAGACAGAAAGCUGAGGUUGAUGGAAAGGUUGCAGAGGUGGAAGGCUGACUCGGGAGGAAAGGAUGACAGCAGCGAUCAUUAAAAAUGUGCUGCUUCUCUGUUACCUGGAGGCAUCCCGCCAUUCCAGCUUCUUCCGUCUAAUAACUCACUUGUCACUUUGUUACACUGCCAGACGUCAAGGUUGCUGACAAGACUGUGACACUGACAGAAGGAGAAAAGGAAGGGAAGAGAGUGCGCUCCGAACAAUUUAAUUUGACUCAGUCAAUUAAGUUGAAUUCAAUUCAUCUCUUCAUUUUCUAUGUGUGCUUAUUCUUCUUCAGGGUCGGUAGUAAUUUAAUUCACUUCCUUUCUCUUUUUUCCCUCUUUCUCCUUUCCUCUUUUUACAUCCCCACCCCCCUUUAUCUGUCAGAGCACAAUCAUUUAACAACCGCCUUACCCAUUUCUUCAUCCCUGCUACUCACUUACCACAUCCACACGCCACAGCGCCGAUCCUACAGGGACACACACUAAUAGUGUAUGCUUAAGUUCACCGGACGGCCAUGGCAUAGCAAAAAGGGAUGGGUAAUUGCCUGUUUAUCCCAAGUGAAGGGAAAAUUGAGUACAGGAACCCCUGCCUUCUCCCAGGAGUGGGUUUCACUGAGGCUGUCGCUGCCCAAUUCGCCCGUUCAAUCCCUCUGGCCUUCGCUCUGGCAGAAAUUUAAAAUUAAAUAAAAAAAAGAGAGUACUUCUCCGGAAACCCUGCUGACAGCAGUCUCUCGAACACACAAACAUUGAAACGCAGAGCAGAGUGGCUGCCCGUAGAUGGCUCGCUGUAACCUCUGGUGCUGGCAACGAUGAGCCGAGACAAAUCUCGUCACAAGAAAUAAAACAUUUUUUUUUAUAUUUAUGUUAAUGGUGUAGGUAAGAUGUUUGUCUGUGGAAGGGCUAUGAACAAUUAAUAUCUUACCGGUCGUAGGUAGCUCUUUAAGUGACACCCUGUUUGCAGAAAUAGUUUCAUUUAACCGGGUUGUAGAGCUAAUAGCUUGAACUGGGUUGAGAAUACAGUUAAUUGCUCCAGUCUUAGGACAACUUAACUUUUAAAAAAAUGAUUCACGCAAACCUUAUUUUACAAAUCUUUGCACCACCGCCAGGUUUGCAUUGCACAAUUAAAUUGGCAGAAAUAGCAUGGUAUGAAAACGUGAAAUCUUUGAGAUUAGGGCUUUUGUAAGACAACACCAAUCCAUUUUAUUCUUGACCUCACUCAGACUAGCCAUUAGCUCAUCAAUUCAUUCAGUUUUAAACUUUAUUUUCUAAGACUAAGGAUGUUCAAUGCAAAAUUAGAGCAGGAGAGAUGUGAAAUGUUCAUAACUUGUGUACAAACCCUCAUUAUAAUAUGUAAAAAGCCCAUCUAAAUGUUCCCUUUUUAUCUUUAUUCUAAACUUUCUUGCAAUGUUUUCCUUUUUUUGUCACUAUUGGGCAAAAAAUGUUUCUUUAAAAAUACCUUAUCAGAAAAGUGAAAAAAAAAUCACCUUUUCUUUCACAGUAAGUAAACUCUGUGGUCACAAUCUCUUCCAAUCAUCAACCAUAAAACCACAGACAAGCAUAAUUUAAUGUAUGUGUGCUUUGGUUAACAACCUCACAUUCAGUGUGGAGCCUAUAUGUUUUCACACAUUUCCUACAUUCUAUACGUCAUUGCAGCAACCACCUGUCACACGUUUUUGAAUCCUUCUAAAGAAAAUGUCACAGAAACGGUUAACCAAAGAGUCCCUUGGAGUCAUGGAUGUGGCAGGUCGAACCAGCAGAUUUCAAUUCUGCAUGAGGCCAGAAACAUGUCUGAAAAAAAAGUUUCCAAACAUCUGUCUGCAGAGAGACGGCUGGGAGAUGCACGGGGGAAAGGGUGGAAGAGUUGAAAAGGGGUUGAACAGAGAAUGUUUUGUAGCUGGAGUCUUGCAGCAGUCAUCUGGUGUAGAGGGGAGAAAAGAUACAAAUAGGUAGAGCUGGGAGCAGGGAGACUACUUUCCAGAAGUUCUCACUAGCUUCUCACUGGUUGUUUGUUGCAGAGUGAUCAAGCCUCACUGACAUACCACUGGCUACCUCCUCCAGAGAAAUGACCUCCUCUGUCUUUCCUUCCUGAAUUCUCUGAGCACAUUUCUCGUCACGUUCUGCUGGCGAGUCACUGCACUUCUGGACAUCAGAAACAUUUUUUUGCUUGGUGCGCCUUGCCGGCCCAAACCACUGGAGUGAUUCCUAAAUAUUUGAUUAGAGCCGCAUCAGGCGUCCAUUAUUCUGCAAUUCUGCAUGGCACAAAGAGGGGAGAAAAGGGAAGGCAAACAAAUGAAAAUGCCUGACCUGAUAACCGCUGUCCAUUUUGUUUAUGUCACACAAUGAGUAAGGAGAGUGGGAGCAAGAGGAGAAGAUGAGGGGUGGCACUGCACGCACUCGGUGUAGCUCAUGGAACAAAGUGAGGUAAUAAUGUUUAAUGGGAUGUCAUAUACAUAAAAUACACUCAUGAGAGUUUGUACAGAUACUUCAGUUUUAUGACCUAUGUUCUUUAAACAUAAUGCCCUCAAUAAUUUGAACUGGAACCUGUGAAAUGUCAACUAUCCUGAAAAAAAAAAGAAAAAUACUGUAAAUUCAUGAAAUGCUUUCCAUUGUAUUUUCAAAUAUAUUUUACAGUCUUAAAAUAUAAAUAGUUUGAAGAGCUGGUAAUUUUCUUUUUUUUUUACUGUGUUUUUGAGUAUACGAUGCAUUAGUGUCUGUGUUUAAACAAAGCCUGUGUUACAGCACUCGACAACGUUGCAUGGCUUCAUAAUCAAAAACAAAAAAAGAAAAAAAAGAGCAAAGGAGCUUGUGUCACUUUGUUGUCAAAAAUGGUGAUUUGGACUCCUCACUGAUACUGUACCCCAAAGAGGUGUUCCUCCCAUGUGCAGACGGAAGGAUAAAAAAGAUCCUUUUUAAAAGACUUGUUUUUAUUUUGUUUUGUUUUUUUUCUUAGCUUUUCUUGUAUUUGUUUCUGUAUCAUAACUGUCUAUGGUUUUUGCAUAAAAUGCAUAAGGGUUUUGGGAUGUAAAUGGAAUUUUAUUCAUAUUUUGUCCAAAUACCUCUUGUAAUUUGUAUCAGAAUUCUUGUACAAUUUUUAUAUUAAAGAUUUAUCAGUCACUGA